GAUGGGCGGGGUACACGAAAGCGUCCAGCCCCCCCUGUUGGAGCUUCGUUGGGUCGCGGCGGAUUCUCAGCUGAGAGAUCGGGACUGGUGGACAUGGCGGCCGGCGGAGAACACUGAGGGCUGUCCCUGCGCCCGUGUGAUCUUCACAGCGGGGGCCCCACGUACGUGCUUCGUAAAACGCCGGACGACCCGACCCCUAAAAUGUGUGCGUCGCCUCUUCAGCCAAACUGAACUCGGGAAGCAAUGGAUCGGAAUAAACGGAAUUCCAUCGCCGGAUUCCCGCCGCGGUUGGACCGUAUUGAGGACCCUGUUUCGGGGGAGGGCGGGAUUGGUCAGCUGGGCAGAGUCUGCUCCUCCUCCUAUAACGCGCUCAUCAGCGCCUUCUCCAGGCUGACGCGGCUCGAUGACUUCACCUGCGAGAAGAUCGGAUCCGGCUUCUUCUCUGAUGUUUUUAAGGUUCGUCACCGAACGUCCGACCAAGUCAUGGCGCUGAAGAUGAACACGCUCAGCAGUAACCGGGCCAACAUGCUGAAGGAAGUCCAGCUGAUGAACCGCCUGUCACACCCCAAUAUACUGAGGUUUAUGGGGGUCUGCGUCCACCAGGGGCAGUUACACGCUCUGACGGAGUAUAUUAAUAGCGGGAACCUGGAGCAGCUCCUGGACAGUAACCAGCACCUGUCCUGGGCCGUCCGGGUGAAGCUGGCGCAGGACAUCGCUCUGGGUCUGGCAUAUCUGCACUCCAAGGGGAUCUUCCAUCGAGACCUCACAUCCAAGAACUGUCUCAUCAAGAGCGACGAGGGCGGAUAUUCGGCCGUGGUGGCAGAUUUUGGGCUAGCAGAGAAAAUUCCAGAUUACAGCGUGGGUAGUGAGCAGCUUUCAGUUGUGGGGUCUCCGUAUUGGAUGGCUCCGGAGGUUUUGCGGUAUGAACCUUACAAUGAGACGGCUGACGUCUUCUCCUAUGGGAUCAUCCUGUGCGAGAUCAUCGCCCGGAUACAGGCGGACCCGGAUUACCUGCCCCGCACAGAGAACUUCGGCUUGGACUAUGAUAGUUUCCAGCACAUGGUCGGUGACUGCCCCCCGGACUUCCUCCAGCUGACGUUCAACUGCUGCAAUAUGGACCCAAAGCUCCGUCCUUCCUUCGUCAACAUCGUGAAGCAGCUGGAAGAAAUCUUACAACGCUUGCGAAAAGAAGAGGCUGAAAACGAGCGGCUGCAGAACAAGCCCGAGAUUAAUGAGACCAAGCUCCUUACAAAGGUUUCCAGCGAGAAAAGUCAAGGGGUCAAACGUCUCAUUACAAUCCCGCAAGAUGACAAAAUCCCACAGAAGUCGCCGCGCCCCCGACGGAACAUCACGCUUUCCCGGAGCCAGUCAGAUGUUUUUGCCCGGAAACCUGUGCGCAAGAUAAAUGUUCAGGACCCUUUUUAUACCCCCAGCAAGGGGAUGAUCCGUAAGGUUAACCCUUUCAAUGCCAGGGAGGACUUAAAAGGAGGGAAGAUUAAAUUCUUCGAUAUGCCCAGCAAGUCGGUCAUCUCCCAUGUCUUUGACUUGCACUCCCUCGAGCUGCAGGGGAGUCAGGCGGCGGGGCUGCUGCGGCAGCCUUUCACCCAGGACUCUGUGGACUAUUGCUACGUACCCAGGAGACGCUGCAGUUCUCUGCCUGUCUCUCCCGAGCUCAUGAAAAGAGACUGCUCCCCCGCUGCGGCCCUCUCCUCCACCAUGGGCAGGUGUGACUCUGUGCAGCUCAGCAGCGAGGUGAGGGCGAGGCUCCUCUGUAAUAUCAAAUACGGAGUAUCUGAAAUCCCACUCUAUAAACUAAGGUCCCCGGGCCCCGACUGCACGCAGACUGAGGACAUGGAAUGUAUGGAUGGGUCUGUGGUCGUGGAAGGAAGCCACAACCAGGACGAGUGCUGCAACAGGAAGCCCGCGCAGUGUACGCAGCCCCCCUGCCUCCCCGAGGAUGAGCGCUCACUGGGCUUCAGCUCCGAGGCCAUGGAAAUAGAGGACGAACUGAACGACAACCAGCGGAGCUGCGACCUGCCCUUACUGCCAGUGGACGGGACAGAGAGCAGGGACGGCCUGUGCGACUCUGUGUCCAGCUGCCGCAUCCGCCGGGGCGUAGUGAAGAUGUGACGUUGUAGGGUUUACAUGACCUCAGGUCGUAGGAUGGGAUUGAUGGAAUCUCCUCCCGUAGAUUCCACUAGAACUGCUCCGUCCCUGGGAUCCGCGCCAUUCUAUAGAGGGCUUAUGUCCCUGGCCCAGGCCAUGUCUGCCGCGGUUAUGAAGGUGGGGGGGGGGCGCAGGGGGCGGUGCUGUAACCCACGGCAACCAAAAAUAAAAAACAACAGAACCAUUGACAAUGCAAAAAAGGGGAUGUUUGGCGUUGGUAUGGCGCCUUACACGGCUGUUCUUACCUCACGUGACCUGGAGUAACCCAGUAUUAACCCCUUGCCAGCUAAGUCUGGGAUGGCGACGUUGCUAUAGGUGACAGCACGCUUGGGGGUUAAUUAUCAUCUGGGAUCAUGUUGCGAUAGGUGACGGCACACUCGGGGUUAAUAAUUAGUCUGGGAUAACAUUGCUAUAGGUGACAGCACACUCAGGGUUAAUAAUUUAGUCUGGGAUGCCCGACCCUGUUCAGCGCUCUGAUGCGACGCCCGCCCGGUGUCUGUCCCUGCGACCAGCAGCAGCGUAAGUUACCUGCAAGUGUGAAUUUAACUUUAAGAUGUUUCCUGAGUUUUUUUCCUUUUUUUUUCUGGGCCGCCCCUCCCCCAUCUGUCUGGCUGUUCAGUGUCCACUGGUCGGCCGCAGAAAUUUUCUCUGAUGUCUCCUGCGGCCGGAUCCUAGAGGGGCCGCUACAUAUGGCGAUUGUCACUUUUAAGAGUUAUAUUUUUUUUUUUUCUGUCUAGCAUUUGAGUUGAAUAUUUUGUAUUUUAGAGAAGCAGAAAUAUAUGGGGGACUGGGAGAAAAAAUACUGCAACCCCCAUUAUCCAUCUGCACUGUCAGGUACAAGUGAAAAAUGCGUUUAAGAUGUGACUGGUAGGAGAGCCAUCGCUGUGACCCCCGUCCACUGUAAUGCUGAAUACUGUAGAAAUAAGCUGCCCCCUGGUGGUGGAGUGGGCUUCGCACUCCUCUUACUCUGUUGUCAUGUUCCAUCAGGUUCGGGGAGACCUUUCUAUUCCUUGCAGUACCAGUGCUCACCACUGGGGGCGCUGCAGCCAGCUGAUAUCUACACUAGGCAGUGGGUCUGAAAUGUCAGGGGUAUUCUGGUUAUUUAGACUUGGACCUCAUUCCCUGUAGAUGCUCCUUACAAUAAUUGGAGUGACAUGUCCGGCAUUCGUACGCCCUCUCCAUUCAUUUCUGUGGGAGUUCUGAAGAUAGCAGGGUGUGUGGUCACAUAGCAACAUGCUAUCCUAUUGGGGCUGCAGACUAUUGCCCCUGCAUCCCAACACCCCACCAUAUUGCUGCCGGCACAGGACCUGGACUGUGCAACACUCAUCAGGUGAGCGGCGACUCGCACUUUCGUCUGUGGUGCGGAUUUUAAAUUCCCAGCCUUUUAGUUCUUGCUACAAGGCCAAAGGUGCAAGCUGUGCUGGUUUUACACCAUGACUUCUGCACGGACUGGUCCGUCGUGGGGUGCUGCCCAUAGACA